AUGUUAUUUUUUUUUCUUUUCAGCAAACAAGCAAUUUUCGAUGGCAAGCGACCGAUACGAGGGGGAGUACCGUUUGUAUUCCCCCAAUUUGGCGAUUGGGCGUUCGGUCCGAUGCACGGAUUCGCGCGGAUAGCUCGUUGGCAUGUGGAGAAAAUGCCGGAGCGGUUGCCCAGCGGAGACGUGGAAGCUGUCUUUAGCCUCAUGGAUGAUGACUUUACACGGUCCAUGUGGCACUUUCAGUUCAGACUGACAUAUCGGCUGAUACUCCGUGAAAAGGAGCUUCAUUUCAACAUCGGGGUGUACAACCCGAGCAAGGAGCUGACAUUCAGCUGCCAACUGUUGCUCCACACCUACUUUAAAGUGCCGGACGUCCGCCGUUGUCAGAUCACCGGCUUGCAUGGCUGCAUGUUUAUAGACAAGAGUCGAGACGGCGUAAUGUACCAAGACACGCGCGAAGUGGUGACGAUAAACGAAUGCACGUCACGCAUCUAUCAGAACACGAUGCAAGAGCACAUCAUCACAAAUGUUGUGAGUGGAAGGAAGAUGAGGAUACAGAAGUAUAACUUCCCUGAUACUGUAAUCUGGAACCCAUGGGCGGACUUGGCAAAGGAAAUCCCAGAUCUGGGUGAUGAUGAGUUCCCGAAUAUGGUGUGUGUGGAAGCAGGUCGUAUCGCUGCGCCCAUUGUACUUCUGCCUGGUACAGCUUUUGAGGCCAGUCAGAUACUACAGGUAAAUGAGAAUGGUCACCUAUAG